ACUGAGAGAAUGCUGCCAGCCGUGGCCAAGCUGUGCUGUGGAAUCUCCUACCCACAUCUACGGAGCAUGACAGGGCUGCAGCGAGUGGCGGUUGCUGCACUGGGGCAGGAGAUUGCACACCGGCAUCAAACGGGGCAGAUACCCAUACCAGCCUGGGCCAGUUGUGUGAGAUGGUCUUGGGGGAACAACAGCGAGGAGGUCGAGCGGGGGAAGGGCCAGCGUGACCGGGUUAACAAGACAGACCUGUCCUACCAGCAUCAGGGACAGCAGGCACUGCAGACAGCUCUGGAGAUUGUGCAGGACGCUGAAGGAUGGAGGAUGGAGAUGAGUGAGGAGAGUGGAGAUACCAUCUACAGCAAAGUUCUCCAUGGGAACCGCAAGGUGUUCCGGCUGGAGGCGGAGCUGGAGGCAUCACCUGAGGAGCUGUAUGACAUUUUGUUUGUGAAGGUGGAGGAGAUGCACCAAUGGAACCCCAGCAUCAGACAUAUCAAAAUUCUCAAACAUGUAGGCCAGGAAACCAAGAUCACGCACGAGGUGUCGGCCGAGACGGUGGGCAACCUGAUUGGACAGAGGGACUUCCUGAGCGUCAGACAUUCAUUAAAGAUGCAGAAUUGCAUUUACCUUGGCGGAGCCGCUACCCACUUGGAGUCCUUCCCCCCACAUCCGGAAUUUGUCAGGGCUGAGGAUGGUCCCACGUGCAUUAUCAUCCGGCCUUCACCUAACGGAACAGGAAAAAGCAGAUUUACAUGGCUCCUCAACAUGGACGUGAAGGGCUGGAUUCCCAAAUCCCUGGUGAACCAGGCUCUCCCUCGAGCUCAGGUGGACUUCACUGCACACCUGCGGCGGCGCCUGGCAGCAGGGGGCAAAAAAACGGCAGCUGCUGCUGACACACGCCCCUGACUGCGGACAUGCCGCUGUGCAGAGACUCAUCCCUGUCAAUCAGAACACUCCCUCGGCAGACACCUAUAUGAACAGCAUGAGUGCCCAGACCUAAUGUAGCACCUAAUCCAACACACCUGCCCACGAUUCCCUCACACUCCGAGCGGCUGUGCAUCUGCAUCCGGCAGGAGGGAUUAGGUUGUAGGUUAAUGACCAUCAGUAGCAGGGCUGGAUGCACCUGUGGAUGUGGUUUUAAAUUGAAAACUAAUUUAUAUACAUUUUAAAUGGUAAUCUAAACUUUAAUGUGCUCAUACUAACAUUUCCCCUCAAAACAGAAUACCCUUAUAUUGGGUUGUGAUACAUUACCCAUACUUUCACUAAAGUACAGUCUCUGCUCUUUUAAUUGAGUUAGAUUAUGAUACAGCGAUCAUUUUAUAUAAUGGUAAUCUAAACUUUCAUGUGCUCAUACUAACAUUUCUCCUUAAAGCAGCUCAGCUGAAAACAGUAUAACCCUACAUUGGGUUGUGAUACAUUACCCAUACUUUCACUAAAGUACAGUAUGUGCUCUUUUAAUUGAGUUAGACUGUGAUACAGUACCCUCAAUUUCCCUAAAGUUAAAUCUCUGCUCUUUUAAUUGAGUUAGACUGUGAUACAGUGACCAUUCUUUUACUAUAGUACAGCCUCUACUCUGCUGAUUGAGUUAGAAUGUGAUACAGUGAUUAUACUUUUCCUAUAAUACAGUCUCUGCUCUUCUAAUUGAGUUAGAUUGUGAUACAGUGAACAUACUUUUACUAUAGUGCAGUCUCUGCUCUUUUAAUUGAGUUAGAUUGUGAUAUAGUAUCCAUAAUUCUACUAUUGUACUGUAUCUGCUCUUUUAAUUGAGUUAGAUUGUAAUACAGUGAACAUACUUUUACUAUAGUACAGUCUCUGCUCUUCUAAUUGAGUUAGAUUGUGAUAUAGUAUCUAUACUUCUACUAUAGUACUGUACCUGCUCUUCUAAUUGAGUUAGAUUGUGAUACAGUGAUCAUACUUUUACUAUAGUACAGUCUCUGCUCUUAUAAUUGAGUUAGAUUGUCAUACAGUAAUCAUAUGUUAAUUAUUGUACAGAUUUGGCUCUUAUAAUUGAGUUAGAUUGUGAUACAUUAUCCUAACAUUCACUAUAAUACAGUUUCUCUGAUCUUUCAACUAAGUUAGAUUGUGCUACUGUACUCAAACUUUCACUAUAGUGCAGUUUCUGCUUAUUCAUGAAAACUUGACAGAGUACCCAUACUUUUACUUUAUUAGUGGGUACAAUUUUUUAUUUGAGUUGGAUUGGGGUAUGAUAUCCACAAUUUUACUAUAGUACAGUUUCUGCACUAAACUACUAGUCUAUUAGAGUUACAUUGUGCUAAUACAGGCAUGCAGUUAGCACCGUACGUACUGGUGGGCUACAAGCUUCCAUUUUGUCUAGGUACUUUUGGGGUCAAGGGGACUGCAUAAAAGCAGAACUCAUUCACAUCAUUGAUCCAGUAUUUUUACAUGAUCUCUCGAACAGCCAAUCAAAAUUCAUAUGUUAAUGAUCUCUAAUGCAUAAUAAUCAUCACUGCUCAGCGCCUAUUUGGAGCCAAAGCUGACCAAAAACCUUCGAUUGAGAGCUAUGGCCUAUAAUAAAAGAAUCAAAGUUACAGUGUAAAAUAAUACGACAAAAAAUAAACAAAACAAUACAAAUAAAAACCUUUUAUCAAAA